AUGGUGGAUACGGCUAAAGCUGACAUCGCCUAUGUCGAAGAUGUCGAGGAUGGAUCCAUGGACGGAAAGAGGAAGACUAAGGUCAUGGGCACUGUGAAGCUCACCGAGGGCGAGAUCGUGUAUAUCCCUACGCCGACAGCGGAUCCGCAAGGUAUCAACCCACCUGCAUUAUGCUCUCUAUGCAAUAGCGUGGUUGCUAAUGGUUGCUCUCUACGCUCAGAUCCGCUGAACAUGGCUAUAUGGCAGAAAUGGGUCGUCCUCGUGGUCAUCUCCAUUUUCUCGACCCUUGGCCUCGCCCUUGUUAGUGGCUUCGGUGGCCUGCUUGGCUUCUACAUCGCGCCUUAUGAGGCAAUCGGCAAAGGAUACGACGAUAUCACUCAUCUAAUGACCUACCCUAGUCUCUUCAUGGGCCUCGGUAAUCUCAUCGGCAUGCCUCUCGCUAUUGGAGUCGGCCGCCGAAUCGUCCUUUUAGCAUCAACGGUGGUCCUCGUGGUAGGCGCCAUUCUUUGUGCUACCCAGCAGAACUACGACUGGCAUCUUUGGUCUCGAUGUGUGGUGGGUCUGGCUGCCGGCCAGAGCGAGGCUCUUGUUCCGAUGAUCACGCAGGAAAUCUUCUUUCUCCACGAGCGCAGCAAAGCCCUCAUGGGCCAGCAAGCGAUCCAAGUGAGCCUGACGGCCGUAUGGGUUCUCUUCGCAGGGGAAAUUGCCAACGCGAUUACGCCCCAAUGGUGGUAUGGUCUUGGUGCCGCUCUUGCCGGUGCACAGCUGGUGCUAGCCUUCUUCUUCCUCCCCGAGACGAAGUACGAGCGAUCGCUUGCGUCGUUCCAGGAGGGCGAUUCUACUUCAGAGGCAGAUGCAGAAGGGGCCGACGCAAAGGUCGGCUCAGAGGUCGUCUGUACUGAACGUCCACCACUUGACUUUGAGCGGUAUGCACCGAGGACUUGGAAGAGCGAUAUGCGGCUAUGGGUUGGAAAACCCGACUGGGUUUUGGUUUGGGAUGUCCUGCGCCAAACCUUCGAGCUCCUCCUCUUCCCCAACGUCUUCUGGGCCUUGUGCCUCAACGGCCUCACAAUCGGCACAAACAUCGCCAUCGGGACAACCUACGCAAACAUUCUACACGCCCCGCCAUACAACUGGCCCAACAAGUCUGCGUCGUACGUGAACUGUGGACAGAUUGUCGUCGCUCUCCUCGCCCUUCCGCUAUUAGGCCACGGCUCCGACUGGAUUGCGAAGUAUCGCGCACGCAAGAACAACGGCCUCCACGAGCCAGAAACCCGAAUCAUCUCCCUCAUCAUCCCCAUUAUCGUCGGAACAUUUACCGCAGUUCUCUACGGACAGGCAGGACAGCAUCCAGAGGAGUACCACUGGUUCAUCUACGUCUGGGCCGUGGCCGCGUACUACUUCUGCUUUGUGGGCGCGAACAUCGUCGCCAUUACAUAUCUCCUUGACUCAUACCCGGCGCGCGCUGGCCCACUACUGGUCAUCAUCUGUGCGUUCCGUGGCAUCAUUUCGUUCGGCACGAGCUAUGGUACGGCAACCUUCGUGGAGACCCACGGAUAUGACGGGGCGUUUGGGACGUUCGCUGGCCUUACCGCGGCCCUAGGACUCUUGGGCGUCCCGGUAUAUUUCUGGGGUAAGAGAAUUAGGGCUUUUACGGGGAGAUGGGCGAAGGGAGAGGUUGUCUCGUGA